AUGGAAACCGAAAAUGAAGGCCACCUUCCCUUCCUCGACAUAGAUAUUUACAGAAGACCCAACGGCUCUCUAGACCAUAGAGUGUACCGUAAACCCACACACAUCAACCUAUAUCUCAAUGCCAGGUCCCAUCAUCACCCUUCAAGUAAAGCGGCAGCUCUUUCCACACUGGUACACAGGGCCAGAACUCGGUGCGAUCAAGACAGCCUGCGUGGAGAGUUGGAGUUCCUGAAGGACACCCUCAGAUGGAAUGGUUAUAACGACCGGCAGAUCCACAGGGCCCUCAACCGUCGUCCCAAACACAAUCAACAUGAUGACCGCAGAGACACUGUCGCCUUCUUGCCUUUUAUCGGGACUAUAUUCAACAAGAUUAGCAGAGUGCUGUCCCGACACAAGAUCACAUCAGUUGGCCUGCCUCCUAAGAAGAUAUUGUAA